AUGACCCAACUCACCGAGGCCUACGCCUGCGUACCGUCAACGGAGCGAGGCCGUGGGAUUCUGAUCUCUGGCGAUCCCAAAUCCGACAGGCUCCUCUAUACCAAUGGCAGAUCCGUAAUUAUCAUGAAUCUUCAGAAUCCUCUCGACGUCGCCGUUUACGCCGAGCACGCCUACCCUGCCACCGUCGCCAGGUUCUCGCCCAAUGGCGAGUGGAUCGCGUCCGCCGAUGUCUCCGGCUCUGUCAGGAUUUGGGGGACCCACAACGACUUCGUUCUGAAGAACGAGUUCAAGGUCCUCUCGGGUCGGAUCGACGACCUCCAGUGGUCCCCAGACGGAAUGAGGAUCGUUGCUUCUGGUGAAGGAAAAGGAAAAUCCUUAGUUCGCGCAUUCAUGUGGGAUUCGGGCUCAACUGUGGGGGAUUUUGAUGGGCACUCGAAGCGAGUUUUAAGCUGUGCGUUUAAGCCAACAAGACCCUUUCGCAUUGUCACUUGUGGAGAGGAUUUCUUGGUCAAUUUCUACGAAGGACCGCCCUUUAAAUUCAAGCUGUCUCACAGGGAUCAUUCAAACUUUGUGAAUUGUGUGAGGUUCUCUCCAGAUGGAAGUAAGUUUAUCACUGUAAGCUCAGAUAAAAGUGGUAUUAUUUAUGAUGCAAAGACCGCGGAGAAGAUUGGAGGGUUUUCCUCUGAAGAUGGCCACAAAGGCAGUAUUUAUGCUCUUAGCUGGAGUCCUGAUGGUAAACAGGUUCUGACUGUGUCUGCUGACAAAUCAGCAAAAGUGUGGGAGAUAUCCGAGGAUAAUAAUGGGAAGGUGAAAAGAACAUUGCCUCCUCCUGGAUCAGGCGGAGUGGAUGACAUGCUAGUUGGGUGUCUAUGGCAGAAUGAUCAUCUUGUUACUGUUUCACUUGGAGGCACCAUUAGUAUAUUCUCAGCAAGUGACCUUGAUAAAGCCCCACUGUUGAUAUCUGGACACAUGAAGAAUAUUACGUCGUUAGCUGUUCUAAAUAGUGUCCCAAAAGUUAUAUUGUCUAGCAGCUAUGAUGGUCUAAUUGUUAAAUGGAUUCAAGGCGUUGGAUAUGGUGGAAAAUUACGAAGGAAGGAAAAUUCUCAAAUAAAAUGUUUAGCAGCUGUUGAAGAAGAAAUCGUUUCAUGUGGAUUUGACAAUAAGGUUUGGAGAGUUCCUGUCCACAGUGAUCAAUGUGGAGAUGCAGAGCCUAUUGAUAUUGGCAGUCAGCCAAAGGACAUAAGCCUUGCCCUUCAAUCUCCUGAACUUGCUUUGGUUUCAACUGACACAGGAGUUGUCAUGCUCCGUGGCACAAAAGUAGUGUCAACUAUUAACCUUGGGUUUACUGUGACUGCAUGUACUAUUGCACCAGAUGGAAGUGAAGCCAUCAUUGGUGGGCAGGAUGGUAAACUGCAUAUGUAUUCUAUAACGGGUGAUACACUUAAAGAAGAGGCUGUCUUAGAGAAACAUCGGGGGUCUAUUUCUGUCAUACGCUACUCUCCUGAUGUUUCAAUGUUUGCAUCUGGAGAUUUGAACCGAGAAGCUGUCAUCUGGGAUCGUGUCUCCCGAGAGGUCAAGCUUAAGAACAUGUUGUACCAUACUGCCCGGAUAAACUGCCUUGCUUGGUCUCCUGAUAGCAGCAUGGUUGCAACUGGGUCUCUUGACACGUGUGUCAUCAUAUAUGAAGUUGACAAGCCUGCAUCAAGCCGUAUAACCAUUAAGAAUGCUCACUUGGGUGGGGUGUACGGCUUAGCUUUCACGGAUGAGCACACUGUGGUAAGCUCUGGCGAGGAUGCAUUUGUUCGUGCUUGGAGGUUGACUCCGCAAUGA